AUGCGUUGGGAUACAAGGAGCAACACCCUUGAUGGUGGUGGCUCUGAUCUUUAUCUGAUCGAUAAAGAAUCGAAGCCUCUGUGGUCGGUUGGCGUGAACUACCUCCGCAAUCUGUCCAGCGAAGAGCAGAAGAACAUUCGGCUGUUCUCCGCCAUGGAUGGAACAAGACUGUGGAAUGUACGCAAAGACGUGCUGGAGGCUGUGCAGGCGUCGUUCAGCGUCAUCAUCGACUACAAGCCGCUGAAGGGGAGUGGCAUGGCCUUCCUCAUCCUCCCAGCAGAUGCCCGGGAGUUCCUUGAGGAGCAGGGAGCCAAGGACUUGGCAAUGCAAGACCGCGGCAAGAUCAACCUUCAAGGUACGACGCACAACGCCACGGUCUCCGGCGGCACUGUCUCGGUCACCAUUGGUGCGCUGGUUUCAAACAGCUUCCAGCUGGGGAUCGGUGAACCUGCCAGGGGUGUCGAUAUUAGCAUCGAUGCAGCUGCUGCCUUCAACUACACAGUCUGGAUCGACUACGAUCUUGUUGAGCGCCGCCUGUCGGUGUACGUCGACGUGGAGGCCAACCCGAAGCCAAACAACACUGUAGCCGAGCUGGACAAGAUCAGCAGAUUCACCUACGACUUGGUCAACUUCGGCCUCUUCUCCACGGUGGCGCAGCAUCUCAGCGUGAGCCGCUGGAACAUCACGGUCAAAGACGUCCGUUACUGCAGACGAGACUUCGUAGUUUAUGCUUUAAUAGUGGACAUCGUAUCAUUUAUCGGCUGCUUGGUGAUUGCCGCACCCCACAUUCUCAGGGUGGUGAGCGACCGGAUACUACUCGCUGAGUCAAUGGAGCGGCUCCCUGGGGUGCCGAAAAAGGUGAAAUUUGCCGACAUCAAGAAGGCCACCGACAACUUCGAUAUGUCCAAGAAGCUCGGGCAAGGCGCAUUUGGCGCUGUAUACCGCUGUACCCUCCCAUCCGGCGCUUGCAAGACGGGGCAACCAACGGAAGUCGCGGUCAAACGUUUUAACCGCAACCUGGCGAACCGGAACAGCCUCUGCGGAGACUUCCUCGCCGAGGUCAGCAUCAUCAACAGGCUAAGCCACAAGAACAUCGUCCCGCUCCUCGGUUGGUCAUACAACCAAGAGCCCAUCCUUCUGUUCGAGUUUAUGGCCAACGGCAGCCUAGACCAACACCUCUUCCCCAGAGGCGGCAAUGGAACCAGUAAUGACGCAGCAAUCCGGCAGUGGGCCACCCGCUACGGGAUCGUGAGGGAUAUAGCCGCCGGUCUGCACUAUGUCCACCACGAGUACGAGCCCAUGGUGCUCCACCGCGACAUCAAGGCCAGCAACGUGAUGCUGGAUUCAAGCUUCAGCGCCCGCAUCGGCGACUUUGGCCUGGCUUGCACCGUCUCUGUCGAACAGAACGAAGUCGCGGACAGUGCCAAUGGCUACACGCGUGGUUACGUCGCACCAGAGUACGUCGGGAAAUGGAAGGCGACGCGACGGACGGACGUCUACGCCUUUGGGGUGCUUACCCUCGAGGUAGUCACGGGCAAGCCGGCAGUGAUUCUUCCUUCGGAUGAGGCGGAGGACGUGGACGAAGACAACAUCCAUAUCGUGGAUCGGGUGUGGCGUAUCCAUGGUGAGGAGAGGCUACGACAGUGUGUUGAUGCCACGUUGACCCUGGCUUCUUCUACUGAGGUGGAGGAGGCGGAACGCCUGCUACUCCUUGGGUUGGCGUGCUGCCACCCGAACCAGUCAGAGCGCCCGACCAUGCCCGAGGUGGUGCGCGUCAUUGCCAAAUCGGCGCCGCCCCCGAUGGUGCCUUUGGUGAAGCCGGUUUCCGUUUUGCCCGAGGAAGAUGUGGCCUCACGUAAUAACGGUGGCACACCGAUCUCGGAUGAUUCAAUCUACAUGACUGCAACCAGCACAUGGGGUUAUCAGUCGCUGACCAGCUUGUGGCGGUCGAUGGUGGGGUCGAAGCGCGCUGUAAGACGUUCUAGCUCUCUUCAGUUAGGACAACCCUAG